ACCCCCACUGCAACCAUAGAAAUCAGAUUCUUGACACGUCGUAAAAUGCAAGUCACAGCUGCUGUACUCUGCAGUGCUCCAAAACUUUUUCAACACUACAUAUGUAACAACAAAAUUUUUGUGUCUGUGAAUGUAAGUUUUUUAUUGAGGUGCUGUUUUCCAACCUUAAUCUUUUGACCAAGGAUGAAACUAUUUAAAGCGUAAGAUGCCAACAGAUCACGAAGAGCCCUGUGGUUCCAGUCACAGGUCAUUCUGCCUGAAUGGGGGCAUUUGUUACGUGAUACCUACUAUUCCCAGCCCUUUCUGUAGGUGCAUUGAAAAUUAUACAGGAGCUCGUUGUGAAGAGGUUUUUCUCCCAAGCUCCAGCAUCCAAACUAAAAGUAACCUGUUUGCAGCUUUUGUGGCAUUGGCUGUUCUUUUAACACUUAUCGUUGGAGCCCUCUACUACCUGUGCAGGAAGGGGCACCUUCAGAGAGCCAGUGCAGUCCAGUAUGACGUCAGCCUGGUGGAGACCAGCAGUGCCAGUGCCCACCGGGAACUGCACUAAAUAAAUGCGAAAGAAUUCCUUUGAACAAGAUGACGACGAUUCCAGAUGGAAAUACGGAUUUACGUAAGGGAAUAAAAACGUCGGAAAAGGAACCACACAGAUGUUUGGUCAAACACGGAUGGUGCUGUGAGUGCUCCUGGAUGAAACUGAAAUUUAAAUGGGUGGAUUAGGAGAAAGGCAGACCCCUCUCCACAGUGCAGGGAGCCCCAUUCCCUGAAGGAAAUGAAUAAAACCAAAGGCUGACCUUCCCCAAGCAAGAAGAAUCUCCCACAGAGCGCUGUCUCACUUCCUGCACAGCACCUGUGCCCCUGGUCCCCCAGGCUGCUCAUGGACCUGACCUGCAGCUCUCCUGAGGCUCCCUCCAGCCUCCUCCAUCAGAUUUGGGAUCCCUGAAGCUUUGGACCACAAGAGUCCAUUCCAUUAAAUAAAUCUCUCUUUGUAUAUGAAUGCAUCCUACUGGUUCUGCUCUGGAGAGUUUUGACUGACACAAAUGCACCUAAGUAACAGAGCUUUGAGCCGCAUAAAGCAACCCUGGAAGAACUGCAAGAAGAAAUGAGCAGAUCCCAAUGACCAUCAGAGGCAGCAGUGACUAUCUGAACAGCUGGUAAAAGAGGCAGAGAAAAUCAAUGAAGAUACACUAAAUUUUAACACUAUCCACCAACUUGACCUAACUAGUAUAGCACUCCAGCCAACAGGAUGUACUCUUCUCAGGUGCACAUGGAGAUUUAUCAGGAUAAACUACAUUCUGGUAGACAUGACCCCAGGAAAUGUAAGAAGACUCAAGUCAUACAGAAAAGCCUCUCUGACUACAAUGGAAAUAAGAAACAAUAAUAGAAACAUCUCUGGGAAAUCCUCAAAUAUUUGGAAAUAAAGUAGCACACUUCUAAAGAACCCAGGAGUCAAAAAAGGAAGCCAAGGCGGGUUGGGCAGAGUGUAGUGUGGCGCAGCGAGUUAAGACACUGCUUGUGACCCCAGCAUCUCAGCUUCUGAUCCAGCUUCUUCUAGUGCACGUUGGAAAAUGGCCCAAGGGCUUGGGUUCCUGGCACCCAGGUGGGAGACCUGGCUUGAGAUCUAGGCUCCUAGCUUUGGCCUGGCAGCCCUACCUGUUGAGGGUGUUUGGGGAAUGAACCAGCAGAUGGAAAUCACUUUCUGUUUCUGUCUCUUUCUCUGCCUUUCAAAUAAAAUGAAAAUAAAAAAUGUGUAAAGAAUAAGAUGGAAUUCCUACCAAUACUACAAAUAUUAUAAGGAUAAUAGUGCAAUGUUUGAACAACCUAGAUGAAAUAGGCAAAUUCUUUGAAAAAUAAAACUCCCAAAUCUCUCACAGAAACAGGGAACUUGAAUACUCCUGUAAUAAUUCAAUUUGGAUGUAUUUACAUCUUUUCGGAGUUGAUGGAUAGAGGACCUAUAUGAAAAAGUCAAUUGUAUUCUUAUAUAGAAGUAACAACUGAUGUGGAAAUUUUAAGAACAAUAUCAUUUACAAUAGCAUCUUGAACUAUUAAGUACAUAGGGAUAUAGCUGAAGAGAAAUGGGGAAAACCUAUGCAGUAAAAACUAUAAAACAAAACAAUGUUGAGAGAAAUUAAAUGAAGGCCUUCAUAACAGAGAUAUACUGUGUUCAAGGCUUUGGAAGAUCCAGUAUUGUUAAGAUGUCAGUUUUCUUCAAAUUGACCUGUAGACCUGAUGCCACCCCAGUGAAAUCCCAGCAGGUGGUGGUGUAGAGGCUGACAGGGUGAGUCUAAAAUUCCUACAGAAAUACAAAGGACCCAGAAUGGCAAAAAUUUUGAAAAAGAACAAAGCUGUCUGCUUUCUCAGCGUAGUAUAAAACUGCAGUAAUCAACCCAGUGAGAUACUGGCCUCAAGAUAAAAAUGAGUCUUGAAAUAGACCCAUAAUUGAUUUUGGACAAAGGUGCCAGGGCAAUUUAGCGGGAAAAGGAGUCUUUUCAACAGAAGAUGCUGGGACAGCUGGAUACCCACACUACUCAAAAGGGAAGUGCAAAUGAAAACAACAGUGAGGUACCACUUCAUCCCUUUAGAUGGUGGCUAUAUUAAAAAAACAAAAACAAAAACAAAAAACAGGGAGGACACAGAGAAUUUGGGAUGCUUAUGCUUUGCUGGUGGAAAUAUAAACUAAUGCAGCUGCUUUAAGAAAGCAAUAAGGCAGGGCCGGCAUUGUGGCAUAGUGAGUAAAGGCACAGCCUGCAACACCGGCAUCCCAUAGGGGCAUUGGUUCGAGUUCCAGCUGCUCCACUUCUGAUCCAUCUCUCUGCCCAUGGCCUGGGAAAAGCAGAAGAUGGUACAAGUGCUUGGGCCCCUGCUAUCCACAUGGGUGACCUGAAGGAAGCUCCUGGCUUCAGUCUGGCCCAGUCCCAGCUGUUGUAGCCAUCGGGAGUAGAUCAACCAGUGAAAGCUUGUGAUUGCUUAGUUGCUUGCUUGCUCUAAUUAUUUCAAAUAAAUAAUUUUUAAAAAUCAAUAUGGCAAGAUCUCAGAAAAAUUAAGCAUAGGAUUACUAUAACUCUGCCUUUCAAAUAAACGUUUUUAAAAAUGAAAGCAGAGACUUGAACAUAUAUUUGCAUGCUCACACUCAUAGCACUGUUUACGAUCACAGAAGGGUGGAAGCAACCGUGUCCAUCAAUGGAUUAAAAAAAAAAAAGUACUAUAUACUUAGAAUGGAAUUUACCUGGCCAUAAGAAGGAAUGAAAUUCUGACGCUUGCUACAAAACGGACGAACCCUGAAGAGAUUAUGUUAAGUGAAAUAAGCCAGACACAAGAGUCAGUGUGACUGCACGUGUGUGAGGGACCCAGAGCAGUCAAAUGCAGACACACAAAGGGGCUGCAGAGAGGAAUGAGGACUUCCUGGUUCAGGAGCAGAGUUUCGGUUUGGGAUGCAGACCCAGGCCUGGAGAUGGUGGUAACGGUAGGGACUGUGCGGAUGUACUUACCGCCCCUGACGUGUGUGCUGGAAUGGGGCUGCGAUGAUACACUCUGUCCUGAGUACCUCACAAAGUCUGUGGGA